AGUUCGCGAUGCCCCUGCGGCGCUCGGGACAGGCCGAGGGGGCCCGGCUGGUGGGCAGGUCGCGCUUCUCCCCGCUGGCUCCCGCCCGCUCCUCCCAACCCCUUUAAGCCGACCCGAGGGACAGCUGGGCGGCCGAGCCCGAGCGCUCCUUUCCCACCUGGGAUCGGAGCGCUCCGAGCCUCCCCGGCGAGGUUUGCCGAGCGACCGGCUGCGAGGACGGGCCGAGAGCGGCGGCGGCGGCGACGGUGCGAGCGGACUCUCCCAUUUACGCCUCCCCCGGUUUCCCGCCGCUUUGCCUCCGCUUUUGCCUCGCCAGCCCGCCUCCAGGUGCUGCUCUGCCUCCGGAGCCUCCAGGGCGGCAGAGCCGGCGCGCCGCCCAGCCCUGUCCGCGGCCGCCUUGACAUGCUGCCCAAAGUGGAGACGGAAGCCCUGGGACUGGUCCGAUCGAAUGGGGAACGGGGGCACAUGCCGGAAAACAUGCAAGUGUCUCAGUUUAAAAUGGUGAAUUACUCUUAUGAUGAAGAUCUUGAAGAACUUUGUCCUGUCUGUGGAGAUAAAGUGUCUGGGUAUCACUAUGGACUCCUUACCUGUGAAAGUUGCAAGGGCUUCUUUAAGCGAACAGUCCAGAAUAACAAAAGGUACACAUGCAUAGAAAAUCAAAGCUGCCAAAUUGACAAAACUCAAAGAAAACGCUGCCCUUAUUGUCGGUUUCAAAAAUGUCUAAGUGUUGGGAUGAAGUUGGAAGCCGUGAGAGCUGACCGAAUGCGUGGAGGUCGGACCAAAUUUGGACCCAUGUACAAGAGGGACAGGGCACUGAAGCAGCAGAAGAAAGCUCUCAUCCGAGCCAAUGGACUCAAAUUAGAAGCCAUGACUCAGGUGAUUCAAGCAAUGCCCACUGAUCUCACAAUAUCUUCUGCUAUCCAGAACAUCCAUUCUGCCUCCAAGGGCCUACCUCUGAACCACACAGCCUUGCCUCCCACAGACUAUGACCGAAGCCCUUUUGUCACCUCUCCAAUUAGUAUGACAAUGCCACCACAUGGUAGCCUGCAAGGUUAUCAAAGCUACAGUCACUUUCCAAGCCGUGCUAUCAAGUCUGAGUACCCUGAUCCUUAUACCAGUUCUCCAGAGUCGAUAAUGGGCUACUCUUACAUGGAUGGUUACCAUCAGACCAGCUCACCAGCAAGUAUUCCUCACCUGAUUUUGGAACUCUUGAAGUGUGAGCCAGAUGAGCCACAAGUCCAAGCUAAGAUUAUGGCCUACUUGCAGCAAGAGCAGGCCAACAGAAGCAAGCAUGAAAAGCUCAACACUUUUGGGCUUAUGUGCAAAAUGGCUGACCAAACCCUCUUCUCAAUUGUCGAGUGGGCUAGGAGUAGCAUAUUCUUCAGAGAACUUAAGGUUGAUGACCAAAUGAAGCUCCUUCAAAACUGCUGGAGUGAACUCUUAAUUCUAGAUCAUAUUUAUCGACAAGUGGUACAUGGGAAGGAAGGCUCCAUCCUUCUAGUCACUGGGCAACAAGUGGAUUAUUCCGUAAUCGCAUCUCAAGCAGGUGCCACCCUCAACAGUCUCAUGAGCCAUGCACAGGAGCUGGUAGCUAAACUACGAUCUCUGCAGUUUGACCUACGAGAAUUUGUAUGUCUCAAAUUUUUGGUGCUAUUCAGUUUAGAUGUCAAAAACCUGGAGAACUUCCAGCUGGUAGAAGGUGUUCAAGAGCAAGUGAACGCUGCUUUGCUGGACUAUACCAUGUGCAACUAUCCACAGCAAACAGACAAAUUUGGGCAGCUUCUGCUGAGACUCCCAGAAAUCCGGGCAAUCAGCAUGCAGGCCGAAGAGUACCUCUACUAUAAACACCUGAACGGGGAUGUGCCAUGUAAUAACCUUCUCAUUGAAAUGCUGCAUGCAAAGAGAGCAUAAAUGAUAGCCUUUGAUACAGCUCCUGCUUUUCCGGAAAGAAAAAUACUCUAAAAGUUCUCCGAGUGACACUAAUUGAAAUAACUCGGUUUAAAGAAACUUUGCAAAAUAAAAAAAAAAUGUUAUAAUAAUCAAAAUACUUAAUAGUAAAUAAGUGAUGUAUCAGGGUAUUUUCAUUGCCAACUGUGAAUGAAAUGCUACACCGUUUCCCCGAAGGAACUUGUAUAGGACUUUUAUCACUCGAAUAAAAAGAGAUUUGCCAGCGGAAAGGCUACCAACCUCCAUGUCGAUAAAGGUAAAAGAAUAAAUAAAUAAAUAAAAAUGGAAAGAACAAUGCUUAUACUUUUAAACUUUACCAGUGACCACUAUGAAUACAUUUAGCAGCAAGUUUUAUCUGUGUUAUUCAGCUAACAGAUCAAGGGGAUCUGCAUGCACUACAACCCUUCAUUGGUUAGCAAGACUGAAAACACUGUAAAGGAUGCAAGACUGCAGUUUCCCUGUGUCGUCUUUCCAAAGACUGAGUUCUUACUUCUCCUUCCAAGAGGAAUCUGUAUAUCUACACUACAUUAAAAAUCUGGAGUGAGCCACACACUCACACAUGCAUACAGAAUAGUGUCGCAAGCAAGCAAAUAAAUACAGCCUGGAUUUUUGUCUGUCUGGGAGUCCAACCUGCAGAUAUCAAAUAUGAGAAAAAUUAUUAUUAUUAUUAUGAGAAGAAAAUUUUAUUCAUAAAAUUGGUGUGACAUUCUUAAUAUUUUCUAAGGUUACUUUUGUCAUUGGGUUCUUGUUGUUCAGCCAGGCAGUAUCUCUCUCUUCUACCACUGGUCAAAUUUGGGAAGAAAGCUGCUCCAAAGCAAUUGAUAGUGGACUUUAAUUCCAGGCUCAAAUUCAAUAUUAUUGGAAUGACUUCUCAAAGCUUUUAGUGCCAGAUCAGGUUAUGGCUACUCUUUAACCACAGCCUAAAAUAAAACAUCAAGCAGUAGCAUCUUUUUGCUUGAACUCCAAUCUAGUACCUGGAUUUGAGAGAAUUCCAGAUUAAUGAAUUCAAUUAAUAUCCCACUGUCUUGUCUUCAUUGUGAUUUCUUCCUUUUCCCACGUAUCCCUCAGUUAGAGGUUCCUCAUGAACCAUGUGCACAUGCACGUCAAGAGCAGGCUAGCAUAACUUUGGAGUCUUCAGAUCAUUAUUGUAGCCCUUGCAUCCUAGUUUUCCCAUUUGGCCUACGGAGCAAAAAAUUAAAGGUGUCUAGAUGGCCAUACUAGACAGUAGUCUGAAUUCAUAUCUAAAACCAGAUAAUCAGAACUGGAGCUGGGGUGGGGGGAAUAAGUAUCCGAUAAAGGCAUUUUCAGAUUUAAGAAAACCAUCUUCCAAUUUUUUCCUGGGACUCUUAUUUUGCCAGGUCCUCAAACCUUAACUCUUGGCAAUGGAAGAGGCACAAUGUUAAAUUUCAGUAAACGUUUGUGGGAGGAAUAGGAAACAGAGGCAUUUAAAUGAGAAAUUUAAAACACCCAGAACCUUCUGAAACAUUGAGAACUGGAAGAUGAUUGAGGAUGAUAGUUGCAGAAGCUAGUCAUGGCUUCUGAGCUAGUCCAGCCAAUGUUUGGCUUUAACACACUUUUGUCAGAAUUUGGUCCCAACAGGUAUCCAUUUAUGCCUUCACUAUAAACUAAUUCCUUCAUUCUGCUUUGAUUGCCUAUCCAGAUCUCUAUGUCUCCUUUUUAAUCUCACAUUCUUGAUGUAUUUUUGAAAGGUCCAGAACUUCCCUUAUGCGAGGAGGCACAAUACACCAAGUACCAUAAUAUUAUCUUGUCCUCAAAAGUGCUUGUUUCUUCGCAAGGCAACUGGACUGUUUUUUACUUGAGGAAGAAGAAGAAAACAUUUCGCUUCUUAUCCAAAAUGUUUCUUCUUCCUCAAGGAAAAAACAGCCCAGUUGCCUUUCAAAGAAAAAGGUACCGUUGAAGCAACUAUGACCUAGAUAACUAAGAAUCUCUCACUUUACCCAUUCAGAAAACCAAGUUCUUCAGCUUUAUCUUACUUUGGGGUCAAAAAGUUUUGAAAGUCAGUAACUAGUCCUAUUGAUACAAAUAGAUCAACUGAUGAAAUCCAGCAAUUGGUUCUUAUUAGUGGUAGUCUGAAAAAUCUGCAUCGUUUGGAAAUGAAAACACAUUUUAAAAACAAGAAUUAAAGCAAAAAUCUUUGGUGUGCUAAAUGAAGAGCGAUACUGCCAAAUCUAUGUAAAACCAAAGUCCGCUGCAGAACAAAUAUCAGAGAAGGACAAAUAAUUCUAUCCAACAUGAAGUUAUCAGUAUUAUGAAAUGUGCCACCAUAAUGAAAGCUUUGCCUUAUUUCAGAAUUUUGAAUGGUAACUGUACAAAUGUGGAUCGAAUAUGUUUAGGGUGGAAGUAUUAAUACUUUACAGUUUUGAAGAAAAUAAACUUUAUUGUGUUUACAUUUGUGAGGUCCUGGGGGAGGGAGAAAUCCCAUGAUAAUAUUGCAAAACCAUGAUUUCCUUAAUGUUGCUUUCUAGAUUGGUAACUAGCUUUACCAGUACUUAAUUACUGUAUGUCGUGAGACACUAAAAUCAAAAGGGGAAUCUCAUAUAUGUUAAUUACUUUAUUUUUCUGUUUGGGUUAUUGGCUGUACAAUCACUUGUAGAAAUUGUAUCAAACUUCUAAUCCACAAGCCUUGUUUAUUUGUCCAUUUGUUUUCAUGACGAUUGCUGGCUUUUAAAUAGUUUAUUUAUAUUGUAUAACACCAUUUCCAUUGUAGCCAAUUGUGAUGCUAAUUUAUUGUUCCUCAGUUUCAUCUUUAUAUAAAAAUAUAGGCAGAAUAAAGAAACCAAAUAUAUAUGUUUAUUACAGCAUGUCUUCAACUCAUAGUUCAGGGACAUUCAAAGGACUUUUCAGUUUAAAAUCAGGUUUUUGAUUAAAUGUUUAUACAUUUUCAUAAUCCUAAACAUUGUUUAUUUAAAAUCUUAUUGUAAAUUUUGUGAUUAGCACUUCUCUUUGUUUUACGUGAACAUAGAGAGGUGCACUCUUAUCUGGAUAUUUUUUUAAGCAGUGGACAUUAUAUACCAAAGACAACACUUAUGUCUGUAGUAUUAGCUUUAGGCUACUUUAUCACCAUGUGAAUUUGGUUGUUUUUAAAAUGCCAGUCUUUUAAUGGAGAGGAGUCAGAAGAGACAAAGGAGAAAUCAUCUUUGCUUAUAUAAAAGGAUAUUUCUUGGAUACAAAUAGUUACUCCUACCUUAUUUCUGCAAUUACCUGCUAUUAAUAAGAUGGAUAAUUCAGUUGUACUGAGAGGCUACAUUAGUAGAAGUAGAAAUCAAAGUAGUAGCCUAAUAGUCAAGUCCCAGCUCAUUCAGUUCAUUCUACAGAUAUGAAUAGGUUGGACUUUGGAAUAUUCAUGCCAAAUAAAAACUUAUAAAGUGGUUAAAGGGGCUUCAAGAUAAAUUUGAGAAUCUACUGUUGAAAGAAAAAGCAAAAAACAGAAGUUUCACAAGGUAAGCCCAAGCUAUUGGCUGCAUACUUCUUGGUAUCCAGGCCCACGGUAUAUUAAAUAAACUUUAUUAAUAUACUAUCUUGGUACCAAAAAGUCAAAUGUGUUCAUUUUUCAAAAGUUUUAAAUAUCUCCAUCUUUAAUGCCCUACAUACGUUAAUAUGGUUGAAGUAAUAUUGACAAUUAUUUUCUAAUUAGAAAGAGCCUAGAAUUCUUGUACAUGUCAUUAAAGUGGGGAUGUGAAGCUGAGAAAGUUGAUGAAGCCCAGUACUCUGGAAUUCUCCUAUAAUUCUCCAGUGGCAACUACUAACAGCUCUAUCUUAGGGAACUUAUGUUAAUAGUUCUCUUUAUAUUUCCGAUGAAUACAAGGAAGAUUCCUUUAAAAAUUCAAAUAAUCAUCUGUGGUAUUUAAGGCUAAUUAGAAAAAUAUUUAAUUCAAACUUUUCACAUGGGUGUCUUGUAAAAUCUUUAACUUUUUUUGUCGAAACACCGUGGCAGAUACCAUUUUAAAGCUGAAAACAAACUAAAACCACUAACAGAGCACAAUUUUCAGUGGACACAACCAGAUCAUUCACGUGGAUGUUAAGAGCCAAGAAUAUUUAUUGAACAAAGUCACAAAUAAAUUAUCACACAGGUUAGCCAACAUCUGAGAUUCCAGGAAUUCAUCUGAUUGCCCAAGUUUGCAAAAUAAAUUUUAAUUGUUAACCACUUUGUAACAAGACAGUUAACUUACAGUUGCUUUAUUGAUUACAUAUUAGUAAAAGCAGACUAAAAUGCAAAGGUUUUUGCUUUGGCUGGUUUCUUAUUGUUGUUUCAGUGUUUGUAAUCAGACAACUGUAGUGUCUGAAUAUUUGUAUUACCAUUAUGUUCUGCAGCUACCUGGCAUUUGAAUCCAUGCAACUCUUUAAACUGUGCAGUUAGUUACUUGUUCUCUGAAUGUAUCUGUGAAGUUCAUGUUGUUUCAUGUCAGUCCUUGCCAGGAAUUUUCUCAACACUAAUGGAUUUUUAUUUCCAGAAUUUCAAUAAAUAUUGAUAUGGCCA